GGGUCCUUCACAGUGUAGUCCCGGGGGCUGUCUGAUUGACUGGCCCAUCGUUUGUCAGGGAAGCAGUGUCGGCUAAGACAUUAUCACAUACAGGUAAGCUUUGGCACACCUGUCACUGAUAAUAAAACUAGAAAGAGUGGAAAUAGGAUUAAUAAAUGAUUAGUCAGAAUAAGAAAGCAAACAUAGGUCACAUUUAACCGAAAACUUUAGCUAACAAAUAGCCACUUAGCUUCAGGGGUUUGCACCUGGCUAGCUUGCAGAGGAUUUGUGUUGAUAUUCAAAGCAUUUUUGUUCAGAUUGUUGUGAUUUUGGUGAUAUUAGUCGAAGCAAACAGGUUUGUGGUAGUUCUGCAAACAGUUUUGAGUCUGUUAGAGUCCCGUGAUUCAGUAUUUCUGUCUGUGUCAGUCUCCAGUAGAGGAAUCUGGGUGAAGGGUCACAGAGAGAGGAGGGGGGUUGGGAGGGUCAAAUUUAAAGUCAAAUUAAACAGCAUUAUUAUAUAGAUAAUAACACUCACCAGGCCAAAUAUAUGUUAAAAUUUGCAGCUUCACAAAAUAAAAUUCGUUUGAUUUGUAUAGAGGGCAAACGUGGAUCAGUUAAGUCACACUUGAAGUCGUUUAAGGUCUUUGGGUCUAUCCUCAGAGGAACAGAAACUGAUUGUCCUCAUUUAUCAAUGCGAUAACAUCAUAUUUACGCAUUUUUGCCUGAUGUCAUCCUUAUAAACACCUAUUUUCUCUAUUGCUGUGAAAAAAAAAGUGAACUGAACAAGUGUUAAAUACAGUAUAACCCAAGAUCUGACUUUCCACAUCAAACCAGGUUUUUACACAUUCCAGCAAGGCUGACAGUUUUUUAUGAGCAGAGUGUCUCAGAUAUUUAAAGACAGGUGUGCACUUCUGUUGAACUUUGGCCUAUAUAUAGAUACAGUACAUGUAGAUCGUACCUGAGGUGGAUUAAUAUAGAGGACACCUUGUAGACAAUAUGGAUACAACUCUGCAUUGAGGUCUUGCUCAUGUUAUAGGGUUUCUAUUUCUUCUGUCCCACUUAUAACCUGGCUACCAACUGAAGAUAAAAACAAGUAGUCAUAUAAAGAUAUUACUUACACAGCUAAAAAUGUAGUCCCUCAGUUUUGACGGCUGGUUGCAUAUCUGUGGUAAGGAUACUCUUAUGAGCCCACUUACAGGUCAAAUUAGCAUUAAACCUGCCAUUUUUGUGUGUUUGUUUUUUUUUUUUUUUCUCAUGUCUGUUUUCUUCAAUUUGGUUCAAGUCUCUUUGCAUGUCGUGUAGGUGUGUUUAACAUCCCUCAUUAGUUUGUCUACUUCACUCACUGGUCAGUCACUCUGAUGUUUUGCACUCUCCAAGUAAAUUUAGAGUAGUAUUAAAAUUAUCCUCUGUGUUGUUUAGUGAUGUUAACAUUAAAGGGAUAUUCCUACAUAAAUUUAAGUUAUGGUCAAAUGUACCAUAACACCAAGUUAGACACCCCCUCGAGAGAUGAAUGUUUCUGCUAGCUUCUCUCAACACGAAUGGAUCUCAUGGCUGUCAGCUUGUCCAGCAGAGUCUCUGUAACUUUGUGGUAACUUUCUUAUUUAUUUUUCAAGAACAAAAUGACGUCCAUGUUGCUGACAACGAUGCGGACCUGCUCAGUCGGCCCCUCAUUGGCGAUGCGCUUCGGUAAGAUUUCUGCAGUCUUAUUUGUUACAAUUCUUUCUUGUUGUUGUUGUUGUUGUCCUUGUUCUCCUUCUCCUUCUUCUUCUUCUUUUUAAGAAAAAGACAUUAAAAAAUAAAACAUAAUAGAAAUGACCAGCAGAUUGAAUGUAUUAAAGUUGUGGUCAUAAGUACAUAAAGUUUAUCACAGAGAUUUUCCUCUCUGUUAUUAUUUUGCUUCAUUUUUCACUCUGGUCUAAGUGGUUAUCCAAAUAUUCACAUUCCUGUUCUCAAACCCAGGCUGAUAUCUGCUUCUGUUGUUUUAAACAGUGUAUCGUGGAUGAUAAAGAUUUUCUUUGUGUUUCUCAGGGGCGCGAUCUCUCAGUACGACAGCCCAGCUUCAGGCUCAGGGUAGGUUAUUCGUUGGAAAUACGAUUGUUGGUUUAUUUAUUGAUUUACAAAAAUCAGUGCAGGACUGUCUUUGUGAGGCGGAAUCAGAGUGGUUGAAAAUGAUUCAAGUGUUUUAAUCUGCUGUAUUUUUGUCUUUUUUUUCCAGCCCAGACAAAAAGUAAAAAGACGCUGGCCCGGCCUGGCGUGAAGAACAUAGUCCUGGUUGAAGGAGUUCGAACUCCUUUCCUGUUGUCUGGAACCACGUAUGUCUUUAAUCUACUUUCAUUUCACUGGCUGGAGUUUGUUGCCUCAUACAUUCAUUCGAAAUCAUUAUGGAUGCAGCUCCAAAAAUCUGUGCUUUGACCUGUAGAUGGUCAGCAAACUGUUGACAGCCAUGUCUCCUUUUAACAGAGAGAUCAUCUGGGCCUUUGAGGUUCACUCUUUUCUGGGUUUUGUGUUCACAGAUACGCUGAUCUGAUGCCCCAUGACUUAGCCAGAGCAGCUCUGCAGUAAGUCUGUCUCAGUUUGCAUGUUUUUUGUCCAAGAACACCUGCUGCUUAGAAAGCCAGAGUGUUAACUUGUUUAAUUCAGUGUGACUUUGAUGUAGAAUUUUCAUUCGGGGCUUUCAGGGGUCUGCUGAACAAGACCAGUGUACCCAAAGACGCUGUCGACUACAUCAUUUAUGGGACAGUCAUUCAGGAGGUGAAAACCAGCAACGUAGCACGAGAGGUACGUUCUAAUAGAUCCGAUUUUGCAGCACAGCGAGGGGUCUGGUGUUUCAUUACAGGGAUCAGUGUGUUAAUGCUGUAGAUCUUUUGUCUGUAUUUCCUCUUAGUAACUGCAGACUAGAGAUCACAGAGCAGUUCUGGUGUGAGCAGCUGUGAUUAGAUUUGUCCAAUUCCAUGUCAUCAUAUCAGCUGGAACACAUCACACAGGUUUUAGAGCUUCCUGACUGUCCAGGGGCCACAUAUGUCAAUUACCUUUAGAGCUAACUGUGACUCAGCAGUUUGUGUUGUGCAGGGUAACUGAUGCAGAAUGAACACUAAAAUGCUUAUAGUAAGCCAUGUAGGACAUCAUGUUAACUGAAGUGGACUAUCUUGAGCGGCUUUCUGUUUUAGUUGUUUUGCACCAUUUUUAAUUUUUCGUGUGGUUUGCAGGCAGCUUUGGGUGCUGGCUUCUCUGACAAGAUCCCAGCCCACACGGUCACCAUGGCCUGCAUCUCCUCCAACCAGGCGAUGACCUCAGGUAUUUCAGGGGGAGAAACCUCGUCACCAGUUUCCUUCUCCUAAAACUUUGCACUUCAGAUUUAUUUUAUGCCUUUGAGAAAAACCAAAAACAAGAAUUAGAUUAAUUAGAGUUUUCCUCUCAAAGACCUUUCCUGUCUACAUCCUGGUCUGAUCUUUGUCUCUUUCUCUCUGUCCCUAUCCUCUCCAGCUGUAGGUCUGAUCGCUGCAGGUCAGUGUGAUGCUGUUGUAGCAGGAGGUGUGGAGUUCAUGUCUGAUGUCCCCAUCCGCCACAGCCGUAAGAUGAGGAAGACCAUGCUGUCCCUAAACAAAGCAAAGACCCUGGGACAGAGGCUCAGUCUGAUCGGCAGUAUCCGCAUGGCUCACCUCGCCCCAGAGGUAUGUUCAUUUUCAACCAAAUUCUGGAUUUUCAAUUCUUCUUUAGACUCUCUUCUAAAGCUUUGUAAUGAUUUGUGUGUAGCUCCCUGCCGUGGCUGAGUUCUCCACAGCUGAAACAAUGGGUCAUAGUGCAGACCGUCUGGCUGCCGCUUUCGGUGUCUCCAGACUGGAGCAGGAUGAUUUUGCUCUGCGAUCACACUCUCUGGCCAAGAAGGCCCAAGAGAGUGGUCUGCUGGAGGACGUCAUGUCCUUCAAAGUACCAGGUAAACACUUCUCCUCCUUGAAUCUCAAAUACACAACAGAGGAAAGGGAAUAUAUGGAAGCAAGUCACAGAAGCUUGUGUCCUUUGGGUUUUUGUUUAGGAUUAUUUUUGGGGGGACCGUGAUGCUUUUAUUUGAUAAGUAGGAAGCUAGAAAGAGAGUAAAGGAGAUCCAGCAGUGGCCUGAGAGUCGGUAUCCAACCUGGGCUUCCCACAUUGAGAACUGUAACCUCUGUAGUUUGGACGGGCCAUAAACCACUGAGCCAAACCUGCAUUCCCACAAUCCUCCAGAUGCGAGGCAUGGGUUUUGUUCAGAGGUGUUAAUUUGACCUAUCAUACAACAGUCAUGCAACACAAUUGACUGUGCAAAAUAAAGAUAGAAUGAAUACAAAGGGGCCAUCCCUCCAUCCAAACCAACAGAGUUAGCAAAAGAACAUGUUGUAGAGUGAAUAACACAAGAGCUGACAAAACUAAAGACACGCACAAAUUUUGGAUGAGGAAACACCAGAGGUAGAAAAAGAUGUUUAAACUCAAUGUAGGAAAGCAGAGGUAAUGAGUAAGAUCAUCGAUAACAAAAAAUGACUCAGAAGGGCUGUAAAAACAGAGAAAAGGCUGUUACAGGUUGUGACAUCACUGAGCUCUUGAACUUUAUCUACAUUUGGAAAAUCAGUGUCAAGUCACUGUUUGAUGGUGAGGUUUUUAGGUUUAAUUCCCCUACAUGUUGCUCUGAGUGAUCACCCGCAUCAUAUCCUUUUUUCAGACCUGAUGGUCGAAAUUAAGUUAGAUUUUUCUUUUCCAUCCUUGCAAAUGCAAAAUAAAAAAAAUGAAACCAAAUACUUCAGCCAUGUUAUAAAGCAUCCUGAAGGACUCCAUUCUUCUGAAGCAGAGGUCUGACUCCUGUUAAAAUGAGCUGAACAGGUGUAGAUCACACAUUUAAAGGGGUUGAAAUAACAGCUCAGCAUUUGAAAUAUCACUGAAAAUAUCGGGCUUCAUGGUUGGUUCCUGCCCGAGAAGGUUACAUUCAUAUUCACAGAAUAUAUAAUCAUUGAUUGGGAUGAUUGCGUGAGAGUUGCAUGAAGUUGCAGCAUAUUUUCAUCAUGUUUCACAUGUUUUUGAGCUCUUAAGUGAUCCAAUCAGAUGUAUUUGGUCGAUAGUAUGUGUUAGUUACCCCCAGCCUAUUACGUGAAUUAUACAGAGCUGUUAACCAAAUACACACUGCCAGUAAAUGCUGCUGCUGUCUGUAAAACAACUGAAUAAACUGUUCGUAUCAACGAAGGAUUACUUGUAGAGGUGGGUGCAGUUCAUCAAUGUAUCGAUGCAUUGUGAUGCUUUAUGUGAUGAUUUGGCGUUGAUUAAUUUACGUUGAUGCUUAAAAUAAUUUAAUAAAUAAUCAGUCGAUGCUUUGCCGCAAGACAGGAACUAAAAAACAACAACAAAAAACGGAACCGUAAUAUGCGCUGCCCAGACUGUUUAGUGAGUGGGACCACAACAAACAGAGCUUCAGCUCAGUUCAGCUUCAGCAGCCUCCAAAGAGCGUCUGAUUCUCUAACCACCGGGGUUGACUGCAACCAUGUGGAAGUACUCUGGAUUUUAUGAGCGAGCAAACAAGAUGACUGACAAGACCUUGUCAAUUUGCAAGAUGUGCAAAUCAAAAAUAAAGUACCUUGUGUGUGUUGUAAUUGUGCGUCUACAUUGAUUCCCAGGUCGUGACAUUGUCUCCAAGGAUAACGGCAUCCGCCCCUCCUCCAUGGAGCAAAUGGCCAAACUGAAGCCUGCCUUCAUCAAACCUCAUGGCACUGUCACCGCCGCCAACUCCUCCUUCCUGGUAACCACUAACAAACAUAUAUGCACAAAAACACACACCCCUCUCUCUGUCUCUUAAAACACACACACACAGGCCCUGCAGCGCUCUCAGUGUUCUUAAUUCUUCCUCUCUGGUUCAAAAGCACCUUCAGCAUUGACACAAGCAUCUGUCUCUGUGUGUGUAAGAAAAACGCACAAAGCUGCACACACUUCAAGCUACAAAAAUAAGACCUGCAAUUUACCUGGAGCAAAACACUGUUAGGAUCUGAUUGAGGAUGUCUCUUCCUGUUCAGACGACAACUUUAGCUUCACAUUUUUGAAUCUGUCGUAUUUGCACCUCUUAAUGAACUUUUCUGGGUAACUUUUCCAGCUCAGUUAUCAAACAAAAUGUGUUGCCCUGCUCAAAAUAUCUCCCCUCCAUCUAUUUGAACUGAUUUGACUCUCAAGUUGAAACACUGUCGCCUCUUAUAAACCACUCUGGCUAUAAGUGAACUGCCUGUUUUGUGUGUUGUCAGACUGACGGUGCCUCUGCUGUGCUCAUCAUGUCUGAAGAGAAAGCUUUGGCUAUGGGUUACAAGCCCAAAGCCUACCUCAGGUAUCUGCACACUCGCUGUUUCUUACAGCAUCCUCAGCAGUGAUCUUAGAGUGGAAGUGCUCAUUAUAUCAUGUUUUCAUCCCGGCAGAGACUUUGUCUACGUGUCCCAGGACCCCAAAGAUCAGCUGCUUUUGGGGUGAGUCCCUCUCUGAGUUUUUGACUGCCUGGUAGGUUCUUUGUCUGGUUACAUGUGAGUAGAAAAAACAUCUGUUUUUGUCUUCUUACUGUGAUCAUUUUUGACUCAUGCAGGCCAACGUAUGCCACACCAAAAGUUCUUGAGCGGGCUGGUUUGACUUUGAACGACAUUGACGUCUUUGAGUUCCACGAGGCAUUUGCUGUAAGUUAUCACAACACAUUUUAACUCCGAAACUACUCAGAUGGUGAAAAAAAAAUAAAAAAACAGACUGAAACUAACAUUGAAGCCUCUUAAUGAGCUGAAAAUGCAAACACGGUCAUUAAAAAGAAAGCUGACUUUUUAAAAUAUUUAAUUUUGAUGUGUGGAAUUGCUGCAGCUCAGUAGGUGUCAAACAACAAGCUGCUGAAAGGGCCUUUUAACUUCUUUGGUAGCAAAGAUUCAUAGCAGUCAGGAUCAAAUUGUUUGUCAGAGUUAACUACUUCAGUGAAAAAGACCAAACCAGUUUGUACAGAGGAGUCACCAAAAACAACACAAACAGAGCUUCACAUGUGUGGACUAGCAAAGAAAUAGAUGUAAAGUCCUUUAUAAAAGUCUCAUGUAAUUUUAAGGUCAUGGGGUGAUUUCCACUACAGAGUCAUGCCUGACUUUAAUGUAGUGCUGCCUGAGAGCCUGUAGAUAAGAGCCAUUGUCAAUCAAUCAAUCAAUCAAAUUUUAUUUAUAUAGCGCCAAUUCACAACAGUCGUCAGCCCAAGACGCUUUUCAAAGAACAAGAGCGGGUCUAGACCACGCUCAUAGUUUGAUGAUCAAGAACCAACCUAAGAUGGGUUUUGGCCCAUCUCAACUAACAUGAGUAGCAGUGGCAAGGAAAAACUUCCUUUUAACAGGCAGAAACCUUGGGCAGGACCCGACUCAUGCCAGACAGCCACCAUGCCGCUGCUGGGUUGGGGAGGAAUGUAGAGAGAUGGAGGGAGAGAGAGGAGAGAGAGAGAGAGAGAGAGAGAGAGAGAGAGAGAGAGAGAGAGAGAGAACAAGAUAAGGGGAAGGAGAGAGAGAAUGAGUAAGGAGAGGGAGGGGAAGGGAGAGCGAGUAGAGAACGAGGGUGAGAGAGAGACAGGGGACAGCAGUAACAACAGCAACAACAACAGCCAUUGUCAGCAGUCUUUGGGCCAUGUACAAUUUUUUCAGAGACUUCCCCCAGAUUCUCUGAUUUUAAUGAUCCUUUGAACUAAAGAUGAUUCUAGUCCAAAUUUCUUGCAAUUUAAUACAAUAACUGUUUUAGAGCAGAAAAGAGACAGCAGUUUUUUGUAAUUUUCAGUUUUUUUUUCUCUGCUCCAUCUUUUUAGAAACAAGCAUCAAACUUGAAAUCAUGAAAGAAAAAUAAAGUUUAAAUACAACCAGAACUUUAAUCAGUAUCAGCAUUUGAUUGUUGUCUUAACACUGCUGUCAUUCAAAUAUAGGAUUUAAAUGAUGCACAAACCAUCAAAAUCUGUUCAUAUAAACAUUUCAGGUUCUUAAAUUUUUUGGAGUUGGAGUUGUAUUUUUUCAUUAAAUUAUCACCCUUGAAUUAAUAGAUUUAUCUAAGUAGCUGCCUUUUCAAAAGUUUUUUUGUAGACCAAGAGGAGCAAUCUAAGAAUGUCACUGUGGGUGGACAAGCUCCCUGAGCAAAUUUAAAAGUUUUUGAAGCCCUCAAACACUCAGACUGAAACAGAUUACAUUUUCAAUCAAUCAUGACACCAUAUAUACCAUGAUGAUCUCUUAUCCAGUAGAAGUCCAUGUUACCUGAACACCUCAGCAAGGAUUUCGCCAUUUCUCUUGUCUUGGUUUAAGUUUGUAACUUACACUUAAUGUCUGGUAUCUAUGGUAACUGUUAAAAUGUUGUGCUUGAUUUUCCAGGGUCAGAUAAUGGCAAAUCUGAAGGCUAUGGAUUCAGACUGGUUUGGCCAGACGUACUUGGGCAGGCAAUCAAAGGUAAAGACGGCAGCUGACUAGCUUUGGAUGCAUAAAACACUCUGUUACUUGCAUACUAAGUAUAUUAUUAACAGCAAAGUUGGAUGAUGAUAAAAUGUGUGUAUCAUUUUGGUGUGGUUAUUUCUCUUUUUUUAGAUCUCCUAAUCCUCUGUGUUAUAAAAGGUAAUACUGAAAUUAUUUUUGUUUCUGUAGGUGGGAACUCCUCCUAUGGAGAAGUUCAACCUGUGGGGUGGCUCUCUGUCUCUGGGUCACCCGUUUGGUGCCACAGGCUGCAGGUUGGUGACCACAGUGGCACACCGGCUGAAGAAGGAGGGAGGACAGUACGGACUGGUGGCUGCAUGUGCUGCUGGAGGACAGGUAAUCAAGCAGCCAGUGCAUAUUGAAGAUGAAUCAUACAAGAAAUAACUCCCUUUAAACCUAAUUACAGAUAUUUUACAUGAGUUUGAGGUAUGAAAACAGCACUUUCUGCACAGCUCAGGUGUUAUUUUGAGCGUCUAGAUUCUUUGUUUAUCUUAACUUUUGAAAAUUUCAAUAAAAUCUUAUUUGCAUGUUUUUUCUGACAGUCUUGCUCUCUUGUGUUCUCUAGGGUCAUGCCAUGGUGAUCGAGGCGUACCCCCAGUAAACAAAAACAUCACCUGUGACACAAAUCUUCAGAUUUCAUCAUGACAUGACGACUCUUUGCACGCUAAUAUCCAGACAACCAAGUGUACAUAUUAGCACCACUUUGCCUUGAUGAGAGGAGAGUCAUGCAGUUUGUGAGCGUUUUUAGAGAAUCUCGUGUAAAUUCAGCUUCUGCUUACAGGAUGUAAAAUUAUCACUGAAUGUUGUCAAGGAGUGUUGCCUUUGAUUUUUUUCUGGACUAAAAGGUUUAACUAAGUCAGCAUCAUUACUGAGUCAAAAUGUAACAUAGCUGAAUUUUAAGACUCGCAGGAGGGGGAGUGAUCCAAAUGUUUAUAUGUGCUGUAAUAUGUUUUUUCUAACAAACUGUUGGAAUUAAAGGGUGUGAUAGUAAUAUCACACUAGAGCUCUUUUUUGAGUUUGCCCUUCCUUUUGAACCUCUGAACUACUCUUUCUUUCUUUUCUUUUUUUUCUUUUUUUUUUUUACACAAAUGUGAUCCCUGAACCUUUUUUCAAGGGGCACAUUUGGCCGUUGAAAAUGUUUUCUGGCCCCCCACUUUAACACGCCUGUGAGUAACCUUAACCAAAAGUUUUUUUUUAAAUGUUGAGAUUUAUUCAGGAACAAAAACACAGAACUGCAACUUCACAGUGAUGGAAAUAACAGUUUGGUAUCAAAAAUCUCUUCCUGUUUUAUAAAAAUAAUCAAAAUACCGUUGGGUUAUAGAAGUGGUGCAUAUUUGAAUUUAUUCUACAUCAUGUUUUGUUCACUCAGGCAAUCACAUAUUAAACUUUGUCAAAGUUUAAUAUGUCUUUUAUUGUUUUGUUCGAUCAGAUUUGACUGACUGGCUCAGUAAUAGUUGCACCUUUUACCUUAUCUCAGAUUUACGGAUCUUACUCCUGUCUGUUGGAGGGGUAAACUGUGGUGGCCCUUGAGGGCAACUGAUCAAAUGUUUAAUCAACACAAAAAUAUUUCACUUCACAAAAAUAUUUUUAAACCCAAAUCAAGGCACCAAACACUAAAAUACUUCAUGAUAUCCCAAAAAUAAAUGCAAAACAAAUAAAUGUAUUAAUGCAAGAUAUUAUUAUAAAAUGCAAAAGUAUUUCAAAAAUCCACCAAAAUUAAUAUACCAAAAACAUCCCCCAAAUGCAUAAGUACACAGAACUAAGAAUCUCAAUGAUGGCAAAUAAUGAGUAUUGUAUGAAAUGCACAAACAUUUCACAAUUUACAGGAAUAUUUAAUGAAAUGCAAUAAAAAAUAGACACAUUUCACGAUUCAAAAAAUAUACGUGAAAAUGUUUCACAAAAGAAAAAAAAA